AUAUAAAUUUCCAUGAUUUUCUUCUCUAUUUUCCUCAUCCUUGGUGAUAAAUAAUAUAAUCAAAAUUCCUCAUCCUUCAUCUUCCCAAUCUCUAAAACCCUAGACUCACUUGAUAGUUUCGAACUCAAGCACACAGACCCAAGAAUCAUCUUUACUCUUCUCUUCUUCUAUUUUUUCCCGGGGAGAGAAAUUUGACUUUUUUUUUGUUCGGUUCUGUUCGAUUUUGCAUCAUCUGGGUUUUUUUUCUUUCCGAGCGAUCGAUUUUCCGGUUAGCACAAUGUCGGGUUCCGGAGGAGUUUCAAUCGCCCGCUCAGCGAUCCGAGGAGAGAAUCGGUUCUACAAUCCACCGCCGAUGCGGAGGAUGCAGCAAGAGGCGCAAUUGCAGCAGCAGAUGAGAGAGAAGCAGCGACGGGAAGAAGAAGAGGAGAUGUUGAUGGGUAAGGAGCGUAGGGCGGCUGCGACUGCCGUGAUGCCUCCGCCGCGUACCAGGAAAGGGCUCGGCGUUGUUGGUCAGACGGAGAGCAAGAAUCGGGUGGUUUCCGGGUCGGAAAUGUGUGCCGACUCAUCUGAAUCUUCCGGGUCGGGUCGGGUUCAGACCGACGGGUCCAACUUGGAUCGGUUCUUGGAACACACCACUCCCGUUGUUCCUGCCCGGUUUCUUCCCAUGAGAAGCAGGUUGGAACUUAAAACCCGUGAAUCGGAGUGCCAUACAUAUUUUGUGCUCGAGGAUCUGUGGGAGUCAUUUGCAGAAUGGAGUGCAUAUGGUGCUGGUGUUCCUCUUGAAAUGCAUGGGAGCGACUCCACCGUGCAGUACUAUGUUCCUUACUUAUCUGGCAUUCAGUUGUAUGUAGACCCAUCAAAGAAAGCCAGAAAUCCAGUUGAAGAUAAUGAAGGAAGCAGUGAAGGAAGCAGCAGCAGUAGGCUUGAGAAGUUACCUAAUCAUGCCGAGACUCUGCAGAAUCCGGUGGACUCGAGUGUCAGUGAACUGAAUAGAAUUAGUCUGAGAGAUAAAUCUGUUGCUGGUUCGUUGUCAAGUGGAGAGACUGAGAUCAGCAAUCCUCAGGGACGAUUACUAUUUGAGUACUUGGAAUAUGAACCUCCGUUUGGCCGUGAACCUCUGGCUAACAAAGUCUCGGAUCUCGCGUCAAGAUUUCCUGAGCUAAUGACAUACCGGAGCUGCGAUCUUUCUCCAUCAAGUUGGGUCUCUGUGUCAUGGUAUCCAAUAUACAGAAUACCUGUUGGUCCAACACUACAAAAUCUCGAUGCCUGCUUUCUAACUUUCCACUCUCUCUCGACAUCAUCUCCUCAAAGUGCUAUGGCUUGUAGUGAUUUGGAGCCAUCUAUAAAGCUCCCGUUGCCUACUUUUGGACUCGCAUCUUUUAAGCUCAAAGUAUCUGUGUGGAAUCAAAACAGAGCUCAAGAGUGCCAAAAGAUUUCUUCUUUGCUACAAUCUGCUGACAAAUGGCUUAAGCGUCUGCAAGUCAAUCAUCCGGACUACAGAUUCUUCACCUCCAACAAUCCACAGAGGUGAAAAUGAAAGUUACUUUCUUGACCAUUGAUUUGGCUCUGGUCUGAUCAAAAGACCCAUUAUCUGCUGCUCUGCUUCACAUAUAAAGUCUCUCUUACACCGAAGAACCACCAAAUACUGGCUAGACUCUUGCGUGUUUUUCAGGCGAUUUAAGAGUCUGCUGUUUCAUUUCCGGAAGAUGCUUUGUGAAUUGUAGCUAAUCUUCUACGAAAACUAGUCUUCUGCUUUUCCCUGAAUAAAGGAUUAGGAGCCCAUAUAGUGAAAUUUGCGAGGAGUGCUUUUGUAAUGUUGAGAUGGAACACUUUUUGUGAUACAAUUUUAAUGCUGAACUGAAACACAGCUUGGCCUAUGUAUCAAUCUCUUUACAGGUUAUGGUAAUGAAAAGGUUUUUUUUAAGCU